UUGGACGAAGAAGUCGCAUCUGACGGCCGGGCCGGCGAUCGAAUCGAAGAGGCAGGUAUCGAGCGAGAAGGACCCCAAAAGAGAAGCGCAAAAGAGCAAAACGUAUUUACGGCGGCCGUCGUCGUCAUCGUCGUCAGCUUCAGCGGCGCAACCCCAGCCGAAACCAGCCCAGCACGGCAGUGCCGGAGGCGGUCAACUUCAAACAAACUGCUCUUCUCCUUCACUUUGGAUAUAUCCGUCUGCGUUCGUUCAAUCGUUCCGUCCGUCUACUGAAGUUCUUCUGUGUCGGUCGGUCGGCCGGUCGGUUCGAUUCAAACUUCAGUCAAUCGCGCCCGCUGCUCAGUCAGUCAGUCAUUGAGGAACGGUUCACGAGUGCGGACGAGUAUUUUCGCCGGUGCUCGGGAUUUUUAUCUUCCUUCUGGAAAAUAAAUCGGUUUCGGUUUCGGUUAUGUGUUCUGAAGAACUUUGUUUAUCGAUUGUGUGAAGGGUUUUGUUUUGUGCAAAGGGAUUGCAUCGCGAAUCCGAGAGCUGUUAUGCGGACGAUUGCCGAACUGGGCGGUGUUUAUGAGAAGGGAGAAGUUUGCCUGAGUGGGAAUCGGAAGAAAGUUUUGAGUUUGUUUCACUGAAGUAAAGUGAUCUGAAUAUUGAAUUGUACAAUGAUCGCUGCUUAGGAGCGACAAAUAUCCCUAAUCGAAGUGAGCUGAGAUUUUGAAAUACCUACAAGAAAAUAAGGAAGCGGUGAAUUGUGAUAGGUCAAGUAACCAUGGCAACGAGCAAGGGCGGCGAGUGCAGACGCCUGCUGGGAUUGAUGCUGUCAGUUUUGGUGCUCGCGCUGGGUUCAGCCGGAGCGGUUGAUGAGCUCAAGUGUGAGCUGAUCACGGUAUCAGCCUGUCAGAAUUUGGUUUAUAACAUGACGGUAGCUUCGGCACCGAUCACAACGGCGAUUUCUACGGCCAGUGGUUCCGGCAAUUCAACCGGAUCUGGCGAAGGAACCAGCGGCGGUGAAACCGGCGGAAUCAGAUCGCAACUGGAUGCGGAACUUUUGAUUACAUCGCUCCGGCCGGUGAUCGACUCGGGCUGCUCCAAGCAGGCCCUGUUCCUGUUCUGUUCGUCGCUGUUCCCGCUGUGUUCGGCCAAUGCGCCUCGGCCGGUGCAACCGUGCCGGUCGCUGUGCGAACAGGUCCGCAAGGAUUGCUUUAGCGAUGCCAUCUUCGGCAAACUGUGGCCGGCGUACCUGGACUGCCGGACGUUGCCCCAGCCGGAGAAUCACGGGCUGUGCAUGCAGGUUCCGCCGGAAGCCUCCGGGAGUGUUGAAAAGAACCACAGCCACCCAACGCCACCUGCCUCGGCCGUUCCCGUCAAACCCUGGUCCAUCUUCAACCUCCCGCAGCAGCUGCAGCACCUGCCCGUUCGUCAGCACCCGAACUCGCUGCUCGAACCCGGUGCAACCCGGCCGUCUUCCGGUCAUCAUUCCACCCCACCAGUCACCUGCCCGGCCAACUACACCCUCGAGUACGACCAAUGCGUUCCCAAGUGCGGAUCGUCGAUCGAUGCCAUGUACAACGCCCGCCAGAAGGAAACCAUCGAGUUCUGGACCCUGAUCCUAUCGGCGGCCUGCUUCAUCUUCACCCUUAUGUCCCUCGUCACGUUCUGGACCAAGGCCACCAAGUUCGAGUACCCCGAUCGACCGCUCCUCUUCAUGACCCUCUGCUACAACCUGAUGGGCCUGUGCUACCUCGAACGGACCAUCCUGCAUAACCCACGCAAGGAGCUGAUCGACCUGCUGGAGUUUCGCCAGGACUGCAACAUAACCUCCCAAUGCCUGGCCUACUACAUCAUCAAGAACUACCUGCUCAUCAGCGCCACCACCUGGUGGCUGAUCUUCGGCGUCUGUUGGUACCUCAGCACUGCCAAGCAAUGGUCCUGCGAAGCUCUGGAGAAAAAAUCCGGUCUCUUCCACGUGAUGGCUUGGGUCGUACCCUUCGCCUCACCCAUCAGCGCCCUCCUCCGAGGCAACAUCCAGAAGUUCGAGCUCACUAACUUCUGCACAGCCAAGGGCUUCACCGAAAUCCCAGCCCUCAUCCUCCUCCUUGCGGGCGCCACCCUGAUCCUCCUCGCUCUGAUCGCCCUCAAACGCCUCAAAUCCACCUGGAAUCAGAGCGAAACGCUCUCCAAAGUGUUCAUUCGGGUCCUCCUGUUCGCCAUCAUCUACCUGAUCCCCGCCUUAUCCGCCAUCAUCUGUACCUUCUUCGAGCGCAUCGAAAACCCCAUCGAACCGUGCCCCUCCGGAUCAACCUGCCCCGCACCCCAGAAAUUCUCCCUCCUCCCAACCCUGCUCAAGCUGAUCCUCACCCUGAUCGGUGGUUCCACCACAGGCAUCUGGCUGUGGACCAAGCACACCUCGGACCUGUCCAAGAAAGUCAGCGGCAACAACUCGACGAACGGAUCGCUCAAGUCCGUCCCACUGCUCAAGGUGAACCACCCACCAGCGUCCGUGGUGGGCCUCGGAAGCCCUUACCGGAGCACGACCAGUGCCAUCGGGGGCGGCGGUUCCACCGGAUCCGGCCACCCGAGCUCCAACUCCAAGAAGUACCUGUACAACUCGGCGUACAGUACCGGUGCCGGAAGUCACCGGAGCGGGUCCAACGGAGGGUACAUGCCGGUGCGGAUACACCGCAGCCUGAGGGGGACUUCUUCGAGCGGAAGGGGAACCACUGCGUCCAUCAUCACGAGGAUUUGAGACCGAGAUGGCGGGGAAUUGCCGGGUCUAGAGGUGAAAGCUUUAAUUGGAAGGGUCUAAAAUGGUAAACGCAAACGAGCAUACAUUUUAUUUACUGUGAUAUAGGUUUAGUAAGAUAGUUUUAGAAGAAGGAAAUCAUUGUUGGUUCGGUGAUUUGUAUUACAAAAGCAGAGAUGCGACAAUAGUGAGAUAAAACAUUGUUGAAAUGUAUUUAUUUACUGUGUAAAUGCGAAAUUCGAUAGAUAUUAGUGCAAAAUUUUGGAACAGAAGCUUGGAAAGUACUUUUCAAGGUAUUGUACAGAUGAAUACGGCUUAUAAUGCUAAUAUAGAGCUGUUGUAGCUGUUAUUUCAGGUCUUUUCACUACCACCAUCUGGUGGGCAGCUAAGUCGACUACAACAUUUACAAUAGAUGGCGGUAGUGUGCAGCAUCAAAGGCAUUUUCUGUUUAUGUAUAAACAGUGAAUGCACUACGACCACCACUGCAUAACUCAGUGGUGAUAAGUGUUGACCAGAACCUUCAUAGCAUUGUAAAUUUGCGCUUAAAUUGUAUAACAAAUCAAAUCGGUAUUAUUUUAUAGAAGGAAAGAGUUAGAAAACAUAGCUGGCGAAAAUUAUUGUUUGUAUAUUUAUAAAUAGCUUAACCCCAUUUAAAAGUGAAAAUAAUAAUUCGUUUAAAAAUAA